CAAAAACCAUGGAAAACCCGCUCCCCAUUUCCAAUUCCUGUAAGCACAAAGCACUUUGUUCAAUUGAAUCUGAGCCAUAGAUCCGUUUGAACUCAUAAUAAUCUUCAAACAAAGAGGCGCUUCACAUUCUUACAACCGUGGUUUUAAUGGGUAAAUUGAACUCGCAGAAACAUAUAUCCACCAUAAAAGAUGGAGUUACAGAACUCAAGGUUUACGAAGAGGUAGAUAAGAUAAAAAUCCAAAGCCGUGAUUCUCUCAGCAGGCGCUGCAAGGGAAAGUCUGGUGCGCCUAACAUGAGUGAUGUGCAGACCAGUUGGAAGAGCUCGGAGAGGGGUAUCAAGCACAUAGAGAGGAUAAAAGCAAAAUGCAGGACUUGUGUUAAGGUAAAUGUCAAAAGAAAAGUAUUGACGGAUAUCAGCAAUAUCAGGGGCAACUCUUCGAGAACCAAAUCAUAUAAUAGCUCCAAACUGCUGGUGUCAGAUGGUAAAUGCCCAAAAAAUGCAAGCAAUUCAGCAAGAAGAUUUAUCAUGAAGAUACAAAGGAGUUUCUCAUACCAUGGCUUUAUUGCAGGGAUUGACAUUGAGCCGGGAAAUGUGAGGACAAACUUGAACGGAGCUACUGGUGACAAGCAAAUCUUGACACGGGAUAUGAAAGCCUCCUUUGAUGGCCCAAAGACCAGAAUUCAAGGCCGUAAAUCAGUUACCACUGGAAUCAGGCCAACUGGAAGGAAUGAUCUACCGCCAUCAAGGAGGUCUUUACCUAUACUACAGCAGGGAAAGGUGAGGGCGAACUUGAAUAAAGCUACUGAUGACAAGCAAAUCUUGACACAGGCACCACGCAAAGAUAUGAAAGCCUCCUUUGAUGGCCCAAAGACCAGAAUUCAAGUCCGUAAACCAGUUACCACUGGAAUCAGGAGAACUGGAAGGAAUGCUCUACCGCCAUCAAGGAGGUCUUUACCAAUACUACAGCAGGUGAACGUCGAGGACACGAACAAUAAAGAGAAGGAAAAUUCCAAAAAGUUGGAGAAAGGCAAAGGAAUAAGUGGUGUUUCAGUUUUGGCAAAGCCUAAGGCCGCAGGAGAUGUUUUACCACAGUUAAGCAACCACAGCAACAUCCGGAGAAAUCGAGUUGGUGAUGCCUCGGCUAGAAUGGCUCCCCGGGGUCAAGCUAAGGUGGAAGUUGGAGCAUUGAGAAGAAAAUCAGUCAGGACAGUUCUGAAAAUUACUGCUAGUGGUCUCAAUUCACAAAAGAGUUCAAAGUCGAACUCCAUGUCAGGUGUGCACAAAUGCACCUCUCGAUUUGCCAGUCCAUGUAAAAGGCUGGUGGAUGUUAGGACAUCUUCCCUAUCAAAAUCUGCAACAUCAGAGAUUUCAGCUGAGCAACCUCAUCAAAAGGAAGUUCCUUCUAGUAGUAGUGGCAGCUUAGCUACACCGGAAUUGUCAAUUGCCAGGAAGAAAUCUGACNCCUCCAUAGAUCUUUAG